GUACUCGUGGUGCAGCCGGCGGCUGCUGGAGCAGCGGUACUCCUGGUCCAGCCACCUCACCCUGGGCGACCUCAUUCCCCUGGAGAGCCCAGCAGGCGCCAGCUGUGCCAGCAAGCAGGACUGGCCGGAGAGAGUGGUGGUGGGGCACAACGUGGCCUUCGACCGGGCGUUCAUCAAGGAGCAGUACCUCAUCCAGGGCUCCCGGGUGCGUUUCCUGGACACCAUGAGCAUGCACAUGGCCAUCUCGGGGCUGACGGGCUUCCAGCGCAGCCUCUGGAUGGCCGCCAAGCACGGCAAGAGGAAGGGAAUGCAGCAGGUCAAGGAGCACAUGAAAAAAACACGCAGCAAGAUGGAGGGACCAGCAAUCACCUCGUGGGACUGGGUGCAGGUCAGCAGCAUCAACAACCUGGCCGACGUGCACGCGCUCUACGUCGGGGGCGAGCCCCUGCAGAAGGAGGCGCGGGAGCUCUUUGUGAAGGGGACCAUGGCUGACAUCAGGAGCCACUUCCAGGACCUGAUGUCGUACUGUGCCCAUGACGUCCAGGCCACCCACGAGGUGUUUCAGGAGCAGCUGCCGCUCUUCAUGGAGAGGUGCCCCCACCCCGUGACGUUUGCAGGGAUGCUGGAGAUGGGAGUGUCCUACCUGCCAGUCAAUGGAAACUGGAAGAGGUACCUGGAUGAUGCUCAGGGCAUCUAUGAGGAGCUGCAGAAGGAGAUGAAGAAGUCCUUGAUGAACCUGGCCAACGAUGCCUGUGAGCUGCUGCACGAGGAGAGGUACAAGGAUGACCCCUGGCUCUGGGAUCUUGAGUGGGACACGCAGGAGUUUAAGCAGAAAAAGAACCCGGUGAAGAAGAGGAAGAAGAAGGGUGAGGACGAGAACAGCAAAGCUGCUGUGGCGACGGUGGGCACAGACGAGUCCGUGCAGGAGUGGCAGGAAGACCCCGGGCCCCCUGCUGAGGACGAGGAGCCGAAAGCCUCUGCCAGCCAAGCCUGCCUGGAACGUCUGAAGGAGACGGUCGCGCUGCAACCCAAGAGGCUCCAGCACCUGCCGGGCCACCCGGGCUGGUACCGCAAGCUGUGCCCGCGCCUGGGGGAGGAAGGGUGGGUGCCAGGGCCCAGCCUCAUCAGCCUGCAGAUGCGGGCAGCCCCCCCGGAGGUGGAGGGCCCCUCGUGCCCACACAGGGUGAUCGAGAACCUCUACAGGCAGCACUGCCUGGAAAAGGGCAAGGAGCAGCCCCCGGCGCUGGAGCCUGCGGUGGAGGAGGAGCUGCUGGUGAUGGACAACAGCAUGAUGUGGCAGGAGGUGGAGGAGCUGAGCCAGCUGGAGGUGGAUGUGGAGGAGAAAAUGGGCAGGAUGGACCCAAGCCUGAUGCAGGAGGAGGCGGACGAGCUGUCCGAGCCGGCGGAGGCGAGGAGCCAGCCCUCCUACCACCACGGCAACGGGCCCUACAACGACGUCAACAUCCCCGGGUGCUGGUUCUUCAAGCUGCCUCACAAGGAUGGGAACGAGAACAACGUGGGAAGCCCUUUUGCCAAGGAUUUCCUGCCCCAGAUGGAGGACGGGACCCUACGGGCCGCCGUGGGCCGUGUCCACGGGACCAGAGCCCUCGAGAUCAACAAAAUGAUCUCGUUUUGGAGGAACGCUCACAAGCGGAUCAGUUCCCAGAUGGUAGUGUGGCUGAAGAAAGGGGAGCUGCCUCGUGUGGUGACCAGGCACCCCGACUAUAACGAGGAGGACGAUUACGGAGCCAUCCUGCCGCAGGUGGUGACCGCAGGCACCAUCACCCGCCGGGCAGUGGAGCCCACGUGGCUGACAGCCAGCAACGCCCGG